AAACCAAGCUCGCCACUAUCUUUCACUUCCUUCACGUGCAAAACCUUCACUUCUCAGCUGGCAUCUGGGGCGCGCGAGGCACAGAAACCUCUAGAAUCCACCGUCUGCAACCAUGGGUAUCUCUCGGGAUUCGAUGCACAAGAGGCGUGCCACUGGUGGCAAGAAGAAGGCUUGGAGGAAGAAACGAAAGUAUGAGCUUGGAAGACAACCAGCAAAUACCAAGUUGUCGAGCCAGAAGACCGUUCGAAGGAUUAGAGUUCGUGGUGGGAACAUAAAGUGGCGUGCCUUAAGGUUGGAUACGGGGAACUAUUCUUGGGGGAGUGAGGCUGUGACCCGGAAGACUCGAAUUUUGGAUGUGGUCUAUAAUGCAUCAAACAAUGAGUUGGUGAGGACCCAGACCUUGGUGAAAAGUGCAAUUGUUCAGGUUGAUGCUGCACCAUUUAAGCAGUGGUAUCUUCAGCACUAUGGAGUUGACAUUGGUCGCAAGAAGAAAAGUGUUGCUUCUUCCAAAAAAGAAGGAGAGGAGGGUGAAGCUGCUGCUGAGGAGACAAAGAAGAGCAAUCACGUCUUGCGAAAACUGGAGAAACGUCAACAGGAUCGCAAGCUUGGCCCACAUGUUGAAGAGCAAUUUGGUAGUGGCCGCUUGCUAGCUGCAAUCUCUUCACGACCUGGCCAGUGUGGUCGUGCAGAUGGAUAUAUUUUGGAGGGCAAAGAGUUGGAGUUCUAUAUGAAGAAACUCCAGAGGAAGAAAGGAAAGGGUGCCAGUGGUACUGCUUAAAUUUUGUUACCUAAACUUGGUGUGUUUGAAAUUAGAAUUACUUAACCCCCAGGGGCCAGUGGGCCUGUUGAAACUCCUAUUAGAAAGGCAUGGAACUAAAGAUUGGUUCAAGUGUUUGAGACUCUUAGCAUCACUUAGUGUUUAUCAAUGUGUUUUAUGGUUGAUGAGACAAACUUAGCUCCAUUUAUAUUUGUGUGCACUAUUGUCUGGAAAUUUGGGUGUCACUGGCCUUAGCUGAUUUCCCAUGUUGAGAUGGAUUAGUUUGUCUGAUGGGUCAUUUGUGGUUGAGUGCCAAUGGUGAAGAAGGGACAGUAUAAAUAAAUUUCUAUUGUUUAACGUGAUAGAAGUUCAACUUACACUGACCUUGUGAAGGAUAUGUUCUUAAAAAGAUCACUAUAUCGUGCGAGGUGUGU